UCUCAGAUCUAAAAAUAUUAAGCGACAAAACGCUAAACACAUCUUAAGAAAAAAAAAAAUCCCCCAAAUUGAUUCCUUCAAACCCUAAAUUUCUUCUUUGAAAAUCUCUAAUUCCACUUCUUACAUCCCAAAUUCUACAUUGUUCUUCACCUUUCUCUCCUCCUUUCUCUCUUCUUUCACUCAUCCUCUCACGUUUCAGAUGGAAAAGGUUUGUUGAUUUUGUCUCUCUUUUCCCUUUGAAUCUAUAGCUUCUAAUCCUUGUUUGUUGGUUGUAUCGCUCCUCUGUUGGUUUUGUCUCUCCUCUUUUUUUGAAUUUGCAGCUCAAAAGGGUAACGUUUUUGAAGUGUUUUUGUGCACACAAGGUGUUCGACGAAUUGACUGUGAGACAAAAACCAAGAAAAGACUCAACAUCUCUUUCUCUGGGUUCGUUUCUCUCUUCUCCAAGUUUACUAUUGACAAUAUACUUAGCUUCAAUUAAGCUACUAGGAGACCGAGUUUUGGUAAGACCAAAGAGACAGAGAAAAAGACUUGACUUUUGAAUAUAGAGAAUUGAGAGAUGGGUGAUAGUCAAGAAUUCUCAGAAGUUCCUGAUCUAAGUCAAUGGUGUUCGAGUUAUAUCUAUGAGUCACCGAUGAUGGAUACAAGUGAUGGUCUUGGGUUUGCUUUUCUUGGAGAAAGUAAAAGUAUAAAGGAAAUGGAAUUAGUCUCUUCUCACGCUAAAGAUAUGUCUCAGUCCCAAAUUGAGUUUUCAGAAGAUAUUAUGAAUCUCGUCGUUGAGGACAGUGAGAUAGAUGAAGACAACAGUCUUUGGGGAAAACCUAAGAGAAAAGGUAGCAAUGUUUUCCGAAAACCUAAGAGAAAGGAUGAGACUACAACAACCUAUGAAGCUGAGCUAAAUUACUUGAAGAACCGAGUCUAAUAUCUAGAAAACGAAGUAAGGAUUUUGCAUGAUCUCAUCAAUAACUUCAUUGGCAAAAGUAGUAUAUAGAAGUUAGGAUAUUAGUUUAAGUGUUGGAUUGAGACUUGUGUUAUGUAUGAAUUGAUUUUUGGUUUAUGAAAUGGUGUAUACUUUUU